AUGUUUGACUUGUUGGUACAACAAGAGGAGGUGGCCGGACCACCACCAGCUUAUGAUCUGGUGGUUGCAGAUUCUUCACAUAAGGAUUGUAUAACAUUAGAGGAGGUGGUCUCUGAAUCGUGCCCGCGUUGCCAGAAAGUGAAGACAGAUAGUGAACUGCCUUCGUACGAAGCGGCCGUCUUAUUAAAAGACACCAGGUUAUAA